AUGCACCACCUCUCCCAGUCCUCCUCUAAAGUGCUCCGCCGUGCAGCGACCAAGGCCAUCAAGCCUUCACUCGCUCGCGGUGCCCACAAGGAGAUCAAGUUCUCGAAUGAUGGUCGCGCCAGCAUUCUGAAGGGUGUUGAUGUCCUCGCCGACGCAGUUAGCGUCACCCUCGGUCCCAAGGGAAGGAACGUCAUCAUCGAGCAGUCCUUCGGCGGUCCCAAAAUCACCAAGGACGGUGUAACUGUUGCAAAGUCCAUCACCCUCAAGGAUAAAUUUGAGAAUCUCGGUGCUCGUCUUGUCCAGGACGUUGCGCAGAAGACGAACGAGGUUGCUGGUGACGGUACCACAACUGCGACUGUCCUCGCCCGUGCUAUUUACUCCGAGGGGGUCAAGAACGUCGCCGCAGGCUGCAACCCCAUGGACCUCCGCCGCGGUUCCCAGGCUGCCGUUGACCGUGUCGUCGAGUUCCUCUCUUCGCACGCAAAGACGAUCACUACCACUGCCGAGAUCGCACAGGUCGCGACUAUCUCCGCCAACGGCGACACCCAUGUCGGUAAUCUCAUUGCUCAGGCCAUGGAGAAGGUCGGCAAGGAGGGUGUCAUUACCGUUAAGGAGGGACGCACGAUUGAGGACGAAAUCGAGAUUACAGAGGGCAUGCGCUUCGACCGCGGCUUCCUCAGCCCUUACUUCGUCACCGACGUCAAGAGCCAGAAGGUCGAGUUUGAGAAGCCGCUCAUUCUCCUUAGCGAAAAGAAGAUCAGUGCGCUCCAGGACAUCCUUCCCGCGCUCGAGAUGUCUGCGCAGCAGCGUCGCCCGCUCUUCAUCAUCGCCGAGGACGUGGACGGCGAGGCUCUCGCGGCGUGCAUUCUCAACAAGCUUCGCGGCCAGCUUCAGGUUUGUGUGGUCAAGGCGCCCGGCUUCGGUGACAACCGUAAGUCAAUCCUCGGUGACCUGGCCAUCCUUACUGGCGGCACGGUCUUCACCGACGAGCUGGACAUCAAGCUCGACCGCAUCACCCCGGAUAUGCUCGGCUCGACGGGUUCCCUGACGGUCACGAAAGAGGACACUAUCAUCCUGAACGGCGAAGGUGCCAAGGACGCAAUCCAGGCUCGCUGCGAGCAGAUCCGCUCACUCAUCGCAGACCCAACGACGAGCGAGUACGACCGCACGAAGCUCCAGGAGCGCCUUGCCAAGCUGAGCGGCGGUGUUGCAGUCAUCAAGGUCGGCGGUAGCUCCGAAGUUGAGGUCGGGGAGAAGAAGGACCGUUACGACGAUGCACUCAACGCGACGCGUGCGGCGGUCGAGGAGGGUAUCCUGCCUGGCGGUGGUGUUGCGCUGCUCAAGGCGUCGCUCGCGCUCGCGUCGAAAGCGCCAGGGAGCGCAGGCGCGAAUGCGAGUCCCAGCGCGACGGAUGCAAAGCCGAUCGCGACAGCGAACUUUGACCAGGAUCUCGGUGUGGGCAUCAUUAAGCGCGCUCUGACGUACCCGUCGCGCACUAUCCUGAACAACGCGGGCGAGGAGGCGAGCGUGAUUGUCGGCACGCUACUCAGCACGUACGGCGCGCCGGACAAGUUCAGCUGGGGCUACGACGCGAGCCGCGGGGAGUAUGUCGACAUGAUCAAGGCCGGCAUCGUUGACCCGCUCAAGGUGGUGCGCACGGCGCUGGUUGAUGCCGCAGGUGUUGCUAGCCUGUUGACGACGAGCGAGGCGUGCGUGGUCGAGGCAGAGGAGAAGGAGAAGCCUGCCGGUGGCAUGGGCGGUAUGGGUGGUAUGGGUGGUAUGGGCUUCUAA